AUGUAUGAGGUGCGUGUAUGGAGCUUCGCCCCAGGGCCACUACAAAGACUAAAUGUUCAACAUUACCAAGACAAAAUCCUAGUUAAAGCCCUGUUAACAGCUGUUGCCCAGGCACUCGGUAUACAGGAAGAUAACAUACAAUUCUUUGCUAUAUUUGAAGGAUCAUUACUAAAUCCUUUAAGAAAAUUAGACGAGAAUUGUGAGUUACAUUUACCGUGUCAAAGAUCUCUCUCGAUACAAAAGUGGUCAUUUGACAUGGAAAAAGAAAAGAUAUCAUUAAAAUCAGAUAUGGCAGCAUUAAAACUGCUUCGUUAUCAAGCUUUGUCUAAUAUCCAAGAGGGUAGACUUAAGCCAAGUCAAGAAGAAAUAGAGACGCUCGAAGGUUUCAGUUCAUUCAUGGUUGAAAAUCAAGUCAUUAACAUUAUUUAUUCAUUAAAGGAUUAUGGAGCAGUAAUCAUUGAAAAUUGUCAACUUAUCACAGAACUAACAUUGCCUCAAGUUAGUUUGGCCAAGAGAGAAUAUAUAACAUUACAACUCGAUCUUAAAGGGCUCACUCUUAGAACAAGUAAGUUUCAAAAUCUAAUUAUAGUACUAAGCUUUCAAGUACUACUGUAGUUAAAAUAUGAGCAGCUGAUCUUUAUGGGCAUUUAAAAUGGCAAGCGCGCAGCGUGAGCCAUUGUUAAAUGCCCAUAAAGAUCAGUUGGAUCAUAAAGACAUUGUAAAGUACUUGUAAAAUAAAUUUAUUUGUUUACUUUAUUAGUAUGCACUGCCCAUGGGGACAAUCCCAUGCAUUUAAAAUCUGAAUUAGUAUUGAUAACUUUCAUAAACAUCCCUGAUUCUGAAUUAGUAUUCAUCAUUUUCAUAAACAUAAGGGGUUGUUUAUAUAAUCCCGCUUAAGCGAGAUUCAAUGAAGUGUGAAUUAUUUUGAGCAAUUGAAAUACGUUUUUCAGCCCUAAACAAAAGUUAGAUAACUUUAUAAAUAUUGUUUAAACGAAAUUAGGAACGCGCUAGAAGUUAUGUAGUGGAAGAAGACGAUUAACUUAAUAGCAUUCAACCACAUCUGAUUUUUGUCUAAAACAUGGAAUUUCAUUAUACAAUUUGUAAUAAGCGAUUUUGUUAGAUGAUGAAGUGCGACUUAUUCAAUGGCUCAAAAUACUUCACGCUUCAUCGGAAUCCUGGGUAAGCGGGACCAUAAAAACAGCCCCUAACAUGACUUACUGAUCUUUAAUUAAUGCGGUUUACAUGCAAGUGUGCACAUGUGACCUAAAUACCGCGUCCUGAUUUGUUUGUAGCCUUAUUAAUUAUUCAUGAUUUUACAAUAUUUAUUAACCUAAAAAUGCGUAUCUCACAACAGAAAUACAUUGUGGUGUUCGAGAAAGAAUUAUAUCGAUGAAAUUUUAGGAAUUCUAUAAGGAAACAAGUUGCGCAUGUUGCAUGACCAUAGUAUCUUUUAAUGCAUAUAACCAUUGGAAACUAUUGGGCACUCGCGACAGCAAUCUCGUACCCAGAGCCAAUGCCUUCCUAGCCCGCGCACAUGCAUUGCUCUGGGUACGAGAUUGUCGCGAGAGCAUCUAUACAUGCAGCUAUAUCAAAUAGUAUAUAAAUUAUGUGAUUUCAUAAAAUAUUGAUAUACAAUUUCGUUGUGUAAGGUAACACAGUGUGUGUUAUUUCGUGGGGAAGAAUUCACAUGGUUAGUUCAAGUGGAAACAUCGUAGAAUAUGAAGUACACGCACAGUCUCAGCUGAUAAAAUGGUUGCGAGUGGAAACACACCAAGCUGAUUAUCUCAAGUCAGUUACCUCAGAAAUCUGGAAGAUCCUCAAUAAACGACAUCAUGCACAAGAUUUAAGAAAUAGUAAAAACACAGCAGCCGGUAAUAUUGCCCAAGCGGAGUAUCCCUAUCAUUUCGGGAACUUUGACGAAAUUUAA